AUGGCUCUGGCCAGCUGUUUCAACGGGAUAUUGGGGUUCGCCAGGUUAUUCAUCCAAAGUUCUCUUUUGUGGUCGGUCAACGUGACUCUUGGCGGAGGUCUAUAUGUAGACUUGGACUUGAUUUUAUUGAUAUCCCGACGCUUAACUAGAGCUUUUACCAUCACGUCGCUCAGGUUGGCCAUCUUGAUCUUUGUGCUUGCAUCGGCGACUUCUGGAGUCGUUCUGCUGAGUAACUGUGUGAAAAUUUGCCGUCCCGAAUGGCUUUCGCUCGCAACAACGGCCGGCUCAAAGAAUCCCUUCUGGAGAUUGGCUUUCAUCGUCAUAUCGUCCUUGGACGAGUGUUUCCAAACACGAAAGUCUGGAAACACCGGCUCCUUUCCCGGGUUGGGAUCCUCACCAUUCAGCGGUUUUUUUUUAAAUUCUCUUGUUUUCUUGUUCCGUCAAAUGAACACCCAUCGGCCAAUAGACCCGGUAGUCCAUUCCAAGGAACCUGCUGUGUUGAACGCGGCGUUUAACCAGGACCAAUCGUGUUUCGCUGUGUGCCAUGAAACCGGUUUCCAGGUGUACAACACAGACCCCAUGGAGCCCCGCAUGAAACGGACCUUCAACUCGAAUGGAGGCAUCGGGCUGGUUUCCAUGCUGCAUCGCACCAACUACGUGGCAUUGGUGGGCGGGGGCAAACAACCACGGUUCCCUGUCAACAAAUUGUGCAUCUGGGACGAUUUGAAGAAGAAACCGUCUAUCUUGUUAGAGUUCAUGAGCCCGAUCUUGAACGUGCUUCUGUCCCGGAUAUUGAUUGUGGUGGUGCUCAAGAACACGGUGCUGAUCCACGCGUUCGAGUCCAAACCGAAAUUGCUCGCCCAACACGAGACUUUUGACAACGAGUCCGGAGUGGCAGAACUGAGUGUGAACGAACAAACGAGCUUUCUGGCGUUUCCUGGCCGCGCUAUUGGCCAGAUCCAGCUGGUGGACGUCUCGCCUGCAAACAGAGACCGCAAUCUGAUCUCAAUCAUCAAGGCCCACAAGAGCAAGAUCCAAUGUCUGGCCAUUUCCAACUCCGGGGCUUUGAUCGCCUCCGCCUCGCAAACAGGAACAAUCAUUAGAGUCCACGACACGGCCAAAUGCUCGCUGCGUUUCGAGCUUCGGCGUGGAUUGGAUAGAGCGACCGUUACCUCCAUCAAGUUUUCGCCAGACGACUCAAAAUUGGCUGUGCUCAGCGAUAAGAACACUCUUCAUGUGUUCAAUCUGACAGCAACAGCAACACAGCCAGACAUCUCGAUGCCAAACAGGAUGCAUUUUCUGGGCGGAUUGCCGUUGAUGCCGACGUAUUUCAAGUCGAUCUGGUCGUUUGUGUCUUAUCACAUCGACACCAAGGACGAUUUGGUCAACGACACAGGAGUUUUAGGAUGGGCAGAUAACGAAAGCAUUGUGGUUCUAUGGAAGUUUAAAGGGAUCUGGGAAAAAUACGUUUUGGUUGAGAACGAGAAAUGGGGGCUUGUCAGAGAAGGAUGGCGUCGAUUUGAGGAGUGA